AAUUUGCUUGUUGUAUGUUAUUUUAGGCCAGAGCAGGUAUGGUGUCAUCUGUCGAUGCCUUUAAGGUGGCAAGUGCCUUUGUGAAUGAGGACAACUACACUGUGUGGACUGAUUUGUCUGGGAGUCUGGGUGGCCAGGGACUUCUGCUUCAGUACACUGAUGCUGAUAAAGCCUACAAGAACUUCUGUCUCAACCUCUACAAAAACGUGUACAAGACCCUGGGCUGGGACGCCAAGGAUGGAGAAAGCCCUCUAAACGCUAUGUUGAGAGACUUAAUGCUGACUAAGAUGGGUCGUUGUGGUGACAGUGAUGUUGUGGCAGAGGCCAAUAAAAGAUUUGAAGCUCAUGUGUCUGGAGCCACACAGUUACUGGCCAACCUUAGGUCCUCUGUCUACAUCACAGUGCUGGCAAAUGGUAAUGAGGACACAUUCAAUAAAAUGCUUCAGUUGUAUGAUGCAGCAGAUAUGCAGGAGGAGAGAGUUCGCAUCAGCAGAUCUCUUGGCAGCAUCAAAUCUCCCGAACUCAAAAAGAAAGUUCUACAGUUUGCCAUGUCUGAUAAAGUGCGGUCCCAGGACACUGUCUUUGUGAUUGCCGGGAUAACUGGCUCCGUUGAGGGCCGGGAAAUAGCAUGGCAGUUUGUACAGGAUAACUGGACAGAACUUCACAACCGCUACAAGGGAGGCUUCCUACUGUCAAGACUUGUGAAGACCACAACGGAGAACUUUGUAACAGAAGACAAAGCUAAGGAAAUUGAGGUAAGCUGAUUGAGAAGGCGUAAAUGAUCACAAAAAGGUUAAUGUUUUGUUUAGAAUUAUGGCACUGUAAAACUGGGAAC